AUGAACCCCAGCGCCCCCGGCUACCCCGUGGCCUCGCUGUACGUGGGGGACCUGCACCCCGACGUGACCGAGGCGAUGCUCUACGAGAAGUUCAGCCCGGCCGGGCCCAUCCUCUCGAUCCGGGUGUGCAGGGACCGGGUCACCCGGCGCUCCUUGGGCUAUGCCUACGUGAACUUCCAGCAGCCGGCGGACGCGGAGCGAGCGUUGGACACCAUGAACUUCGACGUGAUCAAGGGCAGACCGGUGCGCAUUAUGUGGUCUCAGCGCGAUCCGUCCCUUCUCCGAAGUGGAGUGGGCAACAUAUUCAUUAAGAAUUUGGACAGGUCCAUUGACAACAAAGCCCUGCACGAUACGUUUUCUGCUUUUGGCAACAUCCUUUCGUGUAAGGUGGUUUGUGACGAACACGGGUCUAAAGGCUAUGGGUUUGUGCAUUUUGAGACGCAGGAAGCUGCUGAAAGAGCUAUUGAAAAAGUGAACGGGAUGCUCCUAAAUGAUCGCAAAGUGUUCGUUGGACGAUUUAAGUCUCGUAAAGAGCGAGAAGCAGAGCUCCGAGCCAGGGCAAAAGAGUUCACCAAUCUUUACAUCAAGAAUUUUGGGGAAGAUAUGGAUGAUGCGCGCCUUAAGCAUCUCUUUGGCCAGUUUGGACCUGCCUUAAGUGUCAAAGUGAUGACCGAUGAAAGUGGAAGAUCCAAAGGAUUUGGGUUUGUCAGCUUUGAAAGGCAUGAAGACGCGCAGAAGGCGAUGGAUGUGAUGAAUGGAAAGGAGCUCAAUGGAAAACAAAUUUACGUUGGACGAGCUCAGAAAAAGGUGGAACGCCAGACGGAACUUAAGCGCAAAUUUGAGCAGAUGAGGCAAGAUAGGCUCACCAGAUACCAGGGAGUUAACCUUUAUGUGAAAAAUCUUGACGACGGUAUCGACGAUGCACGUCUCCGGAAAGAGUUCUCCCCGUUUGGUACAAUCACUAGCGCGAAGGUUAUGACGGAGGGUCGCCGCAGCAAAGGGUUUGGUUUUGUGUGUUUCUCCUCCCCAGAAGAAGCCACUAAAGCAGUUACAGAAAUGAACGGUAGAAUUGUGGCCACCAAGCCGUUGUAUGUAGCUUUAGCUCAGCGCAAAGAGGAGCGCCAGGCUCACCUCACUAACCAGUAUAUGCACAGAGUGGCAAGUGUGCGGGCUGUGCCCAACCCGGUGAUCAGCCCUUACCAGCCAGCACCUACUUCAGGUUACUUCAUGGCAGCUAUCCCACAGACUCAGGACCGUACUGCAUACUAUCCUUCUAGCCAAAUUGCUCAACUAAGACCCAGCCCUCGCUGGAGUGCUCAGGGUGCCAGGUCUUUCCAAAAUAUGCCUACUGCUGUCUUCCCAGCUGCUUCUAGACCACCAUUUAUGAGAGCAGUGUCUGCACAGGUUCCACGAGUCGUGUCCACACAGCGUGCCGCUAACACAUCAACACAGACAAUGGGUCCACGUCCUGCAGUGGCUGCUGCUGCAGCCACUCCUGUCCGCCCAGUUCCACAGUACAAGUAUGCUCCAGGAGUUCGCAAUCUUCAACAACAUCUUCUUAAUGCACAGCCACAGGUUACCAUACAACAGCCUGCUGUUCAUGUACAAGUUCAGGAACAUUUAACUGCUUCCAUGUUGGCAUCUGCUCUCCCUCAAGAGCAAAAGCAAAUGUUGGGUGAACAGCUGUUUCCUCUUAUCCAAGCCAUGCACCCUACUCUUGCUGGCAAAAUCACCGGCAUGUUGUUGGAGAUCGAUAAUUCAGAACUUCUUCAUAUGCUUGAGUCUCCAGAGUCUCUCCAUUCUAAAGUGGAUGAAGCUGUGGCUGUACUGCAUGUCCACCAGGCUAAAGAGGCUGCCCAGAAAGCAGUGAACAGUGCCACUGGUGUUCAAAUUGUUUAG